CGCGGCUCAGCUUCAUGCACUGAUAGCAAUGCUGAGUGAGGAGCUGCUGCUGAUGCUGCGCCUCUGGGUGUCGAGGUUUCCGCCUGAGAAGUGCCACGACUGCGUUUGAUCACACAGGACAAUAUGGAAAGAAAAGGAUAAGGACCUGAUGAUUUUUCCACUCCUCUGUACUGUGUCCUCUAAAUCCUUCUCUCUGUCGUACGAGAGCGCGCAUUGAGAGGGAAACUCACUGCAGCUUCAUGGCACUAAGCUAUGAUUCACUCUCUUGCAGCAGCAAUGAGCAACCAACUUCAAAACACCUCCUCUCUGAACUCAGUCGGCGUGUGGAAUUUCCAGGACGCACGCAACUCAUCGCCUGUGCACACUGCAGACCUGCAGCCCCUUACUGUUAGCCCUUGGGACAUUGCACUGUGUGUGACUGGGACACUCAUUUCCUGUGAGAAUGCGAUUGUGAUCGCCAUCCUGUUCUACACUCCUACUCUGCGGGCACCCAUGUUUGUCCUGAUAGGGAGCCUCGCUUUUGCGGACCUACUUGCAGGUCUCGGCCUGAUUCUGAACUUUAUCUUCAUCUACAUGUUUAACACAGAGUUUGUCACGCUGGUCUCAGUCGGGCUUCUCAUUGCUGCAUUCUCCGCAUCUGUAUUCAACAUCCUGGCUAUCACCGUGGACCGAUACCUGUCUCUCUACAACGCACUAACCUACAAUACGGAACGCACAAUGACUUUCACCUAUGUGAUGGUGGUGUUCAUUUGGCUCGUGUGCAUUACGCUAGGCCUGUUGCCUGUGCUCGGAUGGAACUGUCUCCAGGACGAGGCCCAUUGCAGCAUUUGUCGCCCAGUCACCAAGAACAACGCAGUGGUCCUUGCGGUGACUUUCCUGCUUGUUUUUGCACUCAUCAUGCAGCUCUACCUGCAGAUCUGUAAGAUUGCCUUCCGUCACGCACAGCAGAUUGCUGUGCAGCACCAGUUCAUGGCUAUUUCCACCACUAAAGGGGUGUCUACACUUUCUGCCAUUCUGUGCACUUUUGCUGCAUGCUGGAUGCCCUUUGCCAUGUAUUCAAUUGUGGCGGAUUCUAGCUACCCAAUGAUCUACACAUAUGCCACAGUACUGCCAGCGACAUGCAACUCCGUCAUAAACCCAAUUAUAUACGCCUUUAGAAACCCAGACAUUCAGAAAUCCCUGUGGCUAGCCUGCUGCGGAUGUGUCCCAGCCAAUUUCUCGCAACGACCAAGGACUUCAAGUGACGUAUAGGUCAGAUAACAUAUGAUUAGCUUACAUUUGUCCAUCCCUCCAAAAAAUACAUAAAUAAAUAAAUAAAAAAGAGAAGCACACAUAAAACAAAAGUACCUACUUGAUCAUGCUAUAUGGCUACUGGCUUAAAAUAUCUCCUAGCUCUUUACUACAUGUGGGGAUCAGUGUCCACUGUAGUAUAAAGCAAUGGUGUGAUUAAUUUCAUCAUAUCUAGCCAGUAGGCAAAAUUGUGCACAAUAGAAAUAAAAAAGGUUCAAGCUAAGGUUUAAUGAAAACAAAUCCUUUAUAUCUUAAAUCAAAGGCAUAAGUUCUGGCACCCUAUCCACACACACACCUAGCCAUAUACAUCAAUCAAAUAUGGUGCCAAAAUUAGUCUGCUUCUGAAUGUCCUUCUUUAUAAGUUGACAUCAGAGUUGGUCACUGUGCCUUCUAAUGGCCUUUGUAUAAGGAAUAGCUUCAUUGGAGACAUAAAAGGCUAUAGAAAUGGAAAAAAACAACAACUGGUGACCAGAAUUUCGACUGUUUUGAUCGAAAUGAAAAAUUUGCUUGUUAAAUUUGGUCAACAGUCUAGAUUCCAUGGAAAGUCUUGGUAUGAUAGAGUAUGAACCUACUGCCAUAGAUGCAGUACAUGUACAUGCACUGCCUUUCAGCACCAUGGACAGCAGCCAGUGCACAGACCAGGCCACUCCUGAAGCCCCAUGUUCCUUAUCUAUAAUGUAGAAAAAAACAAAGCUGUAUGAGCAAAAUCCACAGGCUUUUUAGUGCAGCUGUUUUGGAUAACUUUAUUAGGCAGCGAUAAAGACAGGGCAGGUUGACAAAGCUGCAUGUGUAAGGGUUCUCAUCCAAAGUGUCUUAAAAUGGAGACAGAUGAGAGUUAAGGGCUCAAGAACCCAACAAUGGCAGCUUAAAAGUGCUGGAAUUUGAACAUAAAAUCAUCUGAUUGGUAGCCCAAAGCCUUAACCUCCAAGCCAUGAUGUCAAUACAGAGUCCUAUAUAAAAAGGGUAAGCACCUGCUGCAGUGUUUCACAUGGAAUUUUUAUGGGUUUUCCCAGUGGAACAGUCUGAAGAAACCAUUAAGGAAUCUAGAGUUAAUCUAUUCCCCAAGAAUGCAGAGAUUGAUACUGACUAAAAUGUUUAACUGCAAAUUCAAUAAACCCUAGUAGCUACCAUUGGAGUAGAAUUAAUGAGCUACUUCGUUCAACUUUAUUAUUUUUUUAAUUUGAAUUGAAAAAUGGGCUUGAAUUAGAUUGUAGAAAACAUGCAACGACCUUCUCUUGUACCUCAGUCUAAUCCGAAUUGACAUGAAAUUCACAAGUAUUAUAAUGAACAAAGUCCUGGACUCUACAAAGGUACACACAGUAAAACCUGCCCUGUCUUAUAUAAUAAUGAACAAAGUCCUGGACUCUACAAAGGUACACACAGUAAAACCUGCCCUGUCUUAUAUAAUAAUGAACAAAGUCCUGGACUCUACAAAGGUACACACAGUAAAACCUGCCCUGUCUUUUUAACCUAAACCUUUUAUAACGAUUGGCAUCUCUUUAUGAGUUUAAAAUUAUGCAUUGACUUUGAAACCUAGAUUACACACUUCGUUACAGUGUAACACCAAGUGUAGAUCAUCAGUAAAUAAGACAACUUUACUGUGAAACCAUGGAAACACUGAUACACAAAAAUCAUGAGCAUAGUGUAGAUAUAAAUAUAUUAAUAGAGUAUAUUGGUAUCAGGUAACUGGGGCAGCAGGCACUGGACUGAAUGUUCUUGAAUUGAGGUUAAUGAAAAUAGACUAUGUGCUAUAGUUCAAAACUGUGGUUGUGUCUUAAAUCCACCCAUAAAUGCUCAUGUAGUAGACUAACUCGAAAUUUAGCUUUUUAAAAUUGUGUCCCAUGUAAAAAAAAAAAAAUCCAGGGCACUGGAACAUUUGUCCCCUCAAGAAUCACAUGUCCUUUAAAAUAUAUGGGACUAGCACCUGCCCUAACCAAUCCCAGAUUACACUACUGAAAAAAAAAAAAAAAUUAAGAUGGUAGUGGAGUCGCAAACCGUUCGAACAGUCAUUCAUGUGUACAAAUUAUUAAUAGAACAUACACAUUUGUAUUGUGCAUUUUGAUGCAUCUGAUGCUUUUGAUGUUUUUUUUUUCUUUCAAGUAGUGAAGUGUACACAUUGUUGUCAACCAAAUGCAUGAAAAUGGCUGUAACAACAUUUUGUUCUGGAAAGAGUGGGGGAAAAAAGACAUAAUCCUUUUCACUCCCGUGUCUAAAAACCUAUGAUCUUGUUUUGAGCCUUAUUUUCAUAAUAACUGCAAUAAUCUAUCAAUGUGCACUGUCCAUUGAUAAUGCAAAUCUCAAGGAGGCCAUCGAUAGAGCUAAUUCAACAUUGAACUGACCAUGAACAGAGCUAAUUUAACCUUGAGCAGAGCGAAUUCAGCUUUGAACUGAACUUAACUAGAGCUAAUUUACCCUUGACACUUGAACAGGACAAACAGGUCAAAGAACAAGUUCUGUUCUUCAAAAUCAGAGUUAGGAAAGUUUAGGGGUCUGAAGUUUGGUGAAGGCCCUGAAAACACACACACACACACACACACACACACACACACACACACACACACACACACACACACACACACACACACACACACACACACACACACACACACACACACACACACAAA